GUCACUCGGGGUUUACUCCUGGCAUUUGCGUACAACUGCCUAUCUAAGGAUACGCAUAAAACGGUUACGGCGUCCGCCCCGUCAGGAGUCGCCGGCCAGCAAUUCAAAAAAGAAACAGCAGGGAAAUCUCAAAGGACAAGGCGCAGACAAUUCUUCGUUCUCGUUUGCGAGGCACUUCCUCCGCAUUAGAGAAAGAAAAGACAAUACAGCGAUCCACAGCAAAGGAAAACAUCAGCAGCAUCAUCACGAUACUAAAAAUGGACUUCACAUUCCCGUCCUUUACGCGGGCGAGCACCGAUGCGCCCGUGCCGCAGCCUCCGCAGAAAUCCCUGCUGGAGCUGGUGGUGGCCGCGAAAGGGCGACUGGGGCUGGUGCCGCAGCGCACCCCGGAGAGGCGCAUCCCGGGUGCAUCCUUCAGCGCCUUCUCCGACAGCGACGAGGAAGGCGAGGGAGCAGCGGAAGGGAGCACGGCGGCGGCAGGCGACACAACGGCGGUGCUCACCACCCGCACCGCCUGGGUGCCACCGAACCAUCUGCUGGACUACUUUUUCUCUGGUCCUUUUAUGCAGUCUUUCCUGACCUUGCACGGCAUCUCGUCCUCGCGCCCGGCGGCCAUGCUGGCGCCGCCGCUGCUGACGGUGCGGGAUAUGCGCCUGCACCCCGUCGUGGAGGCGGCGCUGUGUGCUGCUCUUCAAGCGACGAGUGCGGCAUCACGUAAUACGAGUAGCGGAGGUGGUCGUGGAGGGCGGGGCGGUCGGGGUGGUCGCGGGCGUGGCGGGCCGCCACGAAGCAGCAGGGGCGCUCCCGACUGGAGUGGCCGCAGCGGGUACGGAGGUGGGGAGGCAGAGUUUGUGCGGCGAGACGACGUCGCGAUGUCCUGUGCCACGAACUUCAGCGCUUCGUCUUCUUCAGUCGUCCCGCUGUGGGAGGUGGCGAAGCUGGAGCAGUUAAAGGAUGCUGUGUUCGGCGAUGCUGUAGGCGACCUGCAGCAUCAGCAACCGCCGCCGCAGCAUGAUGAUGGCGGUGACGUCGAGGAGGAGGUCAAGGAAGACGAGGAAGACGGCGCAUCAGCUGACCGCGCCACUGCCGCUGCCGCCGCAACUGCGGUAGCGAGGGCAGCGAGCGGCAGCGCGGCGGCGGCGCAGCGGGUACUCUUUCGCGGGCUUCAGCAGGUGGCACUGCCCGCGCUGCUGCUGGGCGAUCAUGUACUUGUGAGCGGACCGCGCGGGGCCGGCAAGCGCACCGCUGUUUUAUUAGCCGCCGCGGCGAAUGUGCUGACGUUUGGCACCGCCGCUACCACCGCCGCUGCAUCCGCUGUGGUGCAGGGCGGCGACGCCGAUGAAGAAGAGGAAGCGCGCGAAGGCGAGGAGAAGAGAACGGCGACGAAUUCGGAUGAAGUCGAGAUGGAGAGCAACGCGGGUAGCGACACCAACCGCAACACGGCUCAAGUGUCGGUGGAUCGAGCAGCAAAGGAAGAGGUAAAAGAAGAACCGAAGGAGGUGGUGAAGGGCGAGGACGACGGAGUACCAACGCCCCUCCUAUCGCAAAGCAGCAGUUCUACUACAAAAGCGGACACUGCCCCGCGUGCGUUGUUUGUGGUCUCGAGCUACCCCGACGUGCACGCGAUGGCGCAGUGGCUGGAGAGCGUCUUCGGCCCGGAGGCUUUUGUGCCGUACACAUUCCAAGAGGACGACUGUGCACUGCGGCCGCUGACGGAGAACGCAGGGCCAGCACCAGCAGCACCAGCCAUGGAGCGAAGAGACUACGCAGCAUUGGCGGUGCCCGCUGUGGGCGGGGUGCUGAGUAGUCCGGCCUACCUGGCCCCUCCCACGGCGGUAGAGCCGCUGCCUUUCAUCGCGGAUGUCACGCGAACCGCGGAAGCGAUGAUGCCCAGCGAUCCGACACAGGCGGGCGGACCGAUCUUAUUGGGCGCCGUGGGCAGCGUCCUGGGUCUCGGCGACGGUCCAAACCUGUCCGAGUUGGCCGCCUUGGUGCAGGGAGCACCGCUGCCGUCGCAUCUGCUCGCCACGCCUGCACCGAGAGGGAAAGAAGAGGGCGAACAAAUCUCCCGUGAGGCACGAAAGCGCCGUCGGCGCACAUCGACCUCCUCCGCGUCUUCGCGGUGCAGCGACGAUGAUCGCAACCGCGCGCACCGGCGGCACGACGACCGGCGCCGCCGCCACCACCGACGCGAGACGGCGGGCCACGAAGAAGCAGACAGCGGUGUGGAUGAUGUCGCUGACGACCGCCGCCGCCGCCGCUGCCGUGGGGACCGACGGAGCUCGCGGGACCGCCACGCAUCUUCCGCCUCUCGCGUCAGCCGCAGCGAUCACCACACCUCUCAUCAUCGCCGACGUGGUGGCAGUCUAUCAAGCGACGACGACGACGCAGAAAGCCGCCGCCGCCACAGCCGUCACUCGUACCGCAGCAGUCGGCAUGACAGAGAGGGCGAGGAGAGGCGUAGCACCGGUAGCAGCGGGCGGCACCACCGUCACUACCACAGCAGCAGCAGCCGCAGCAGCAGGCAUCGGCGCGGGCGGCGCCACGACGAUGAUGAUGACGACGCAGACGAAGCAAAUGAAAGGCACCGUCGCGGCUCAAACGGCGAUUCGCAGCGUCACCGCCGUCACCAUCACCGCGGUCGAAGCCGGAGCCACGGCAGCGAGGGGGAGGACGCAGAGGAGCAAGAAAAGAAGACGGCGGCUUCGUCUUCCUCCUCGCUGUCGGUAAACGCCGAGGCAGGCUCGGUACAUCGCACUGCUGCGGCCCUUGCUAUGCCGCCUCCUCCACUAGCACCAGCAGGUCAGGCUGCAGGCCUCAAUGCGCCACCCCUCGAUACGCUUUCCACGCUGCCACCUCCAGCCGCACGGAUGGAUGCGGUGGACCACAACCGGGCGACGCCCGCUGCCGCACCGACCAUACCCGACCCUCUCUUCGCGGACCCCAACGCAUGGCUCCCGGCAGUACUGCGCCAGCGUAUCCCGAUCCUCAUCACCACCUACCGCGCUCUGCAGACGGCGAUGGAGGUGGUGGGCGGGAAAGCUUCCGCGCUGCCGCCGCUCGAGCACGUCCGCGUUGCCGGCCUCACCAACUUCGAAAGGGCGUUGGACCCCCAAAUGAAGAAGAACUUCAGCCACGCCUGGUGGGUGUCCCUGGUGAACGCGCUCGAUGUGGAGUGCCAGUUCAUGGUCACCGCCGAGCGCAACGGGGCGGAGGUGAUGGGCUUGUUGAGCAGCACUAUCCUCCCCGACGCUGGCGAGAACCUGCUGCACGUGGAGCAGCGCGAUGCUUCGAUUUGGGCGCUGAUGGACGUGCAGGUGUACCCGGUGCCGGUGGAGGCUGCAGCAGCGGCGGUGGCAGUGCCCGACGACGGGGGCACCGGGGCGGCGAAGGAGCGACGACCAAAAAUAUCCGGCGAAGACAUCGACGCAGCGAAGCUGACGCACCUCUUCUCGCUCAUACUCGAACACAUGUCCACCAACACGCCAGUGGUGGUGGCCGCUCGCGAAGCAGAAGCAGAAGCAGAGGGGGCGGGGGGAAGCAGCAGCGGUAGGAGCAACCGUCACAGCUGGAAAGGAGCGCGGGUGGUGGUGGUCAGCAGCAACCGCCGAGAGCAGUCUCUCAUUCUCACGCAGCUAAGUCGUCUCCUCCGCGAACCGCAUCAGCAGGACGCGCGGGCCGGUCUUCUCCGCCUCACCGACUCCGCCGAGAUGUUCCGACAGGGUGGCGCGGAGGUGCUGGUGCUGACGGAUGCCCAGUUAACCGACGCGCGGGUACUGCGUGAUCUCCAUCAGUGCACGGACGUAGACUUGCUGCUGCACUUCUCGCUUCCUCGUCAGGUGAUGCUGCAGCUGGAGAAGCAGGAGAUUGCGGAGGUGCUGGCGCAGCGCGGGCGUGCCGUUUUGGGUCACUCGAAACCGUUUUGCAGUCGACGGUGGUGGCGCUCGUUGGAGGCAGGUGCCGUCUCUCCCGGCUCUUCUUCCUCAGCAUUUGUACCCGUGAAGGCUGCGUGCCGGGUGAUGCUGACGGAGCACAACAUGAAGGGCCGCGUCGGCACGGUUGUGUUGGAGCUGCUGAGCGAAGUGAGCGAUCCGUAG